GACUCUUCGGCCGACACUAUCGUCGGAAUCGAUAUCAACGGCGAGAAGGAAGCGAUCGCUCGACAGAUGGGUUGCAAUGAAUUCAUUAAUCCCAAGAGUUUGGACCAGCCGUUGGAAGAGGUGUUGAGAGCGAAAGGCAUUGAAUACGCCUUCGACUGCGUCGGCAAUGAGGACGUCCUCAACACCGCUCUCAAGAGUCUGACGCCGUGGGGAUCACUCACUGUCAUCGGUUUGGGUAAACGCGGGAACAAAGUGGAGACCAGUGUUGCGGAACUGCUGGAAGGCCGACAAGUGGCCGGCGGUUACUUCGGGAACAUGAAGCCUCGGGAGGCCAACCAGCGUCUGGUGGACAUGAUGUGCGCGGGAAAUCUGAAAAUCGACUCAAUGAUCACUCAUCGGAUGCGUUUGGAAGACAUCGGCCGCGCGUUUGAUGUCUUGAAAGCCGGAGAAACGAUCCGAACUACAAUUACCUGUCGAGCGGCCGUCCUAUGGAAAGAGGGCUCUCCGUUGACGGUGGAGACGAUAACCGUGGAUCCGCCAAAGAAGGGCGAAGUCCGCGUCCGAAUGGUGGCGGCGGGCGUUUGCGCGACGGACGCCCACUUCGUGUGGGGCUGGCCCACAGACCUGGCGCUCGACUUCGAGGGUCUGCCGGUGGUGUUGGGUCACGAGGGCGCCGGAGUGGUGGAGUCGGUGGGCGCGGGCGUGACGGCGGUGUCUGCGGGCGACAAAGUGGUGUUGAUGUGGAUGCCUGAGUGCGGUGUUUGCGACCUUUGCCGCAAUCCGAAGACUAACUUCUGCUCCGUCGGCAACUUCUACACCACGUUAUAUCACGACAACCGCGAGACGCGAAUGAAAGUCAACGGAAAACCGUUACUCUCUUUGGCCGGAACGUCCACUUUCUCCGAGUACGCCGUCGUCCGCCAAUCACAAGUCGCCAAAGUGAACCCUUCGGCCGACCUCAAGACGGGCUGUAUCAUUGGGUGCGCUGUGGGCACCGGCUAUGGUAGUGCCACGAAUAUAGCGCGGGUG